CGCGACUUCACCGACCAACUUUAUGAUGCCCUUCGCUCCUUCCCUGCCCACCCCUUCGACCCAUCGACCAUCCACACUAUACCAAACAAAUCCAUGAUUUUAAGCAUGUGUCGUCAGGUGGCUGCACUGUUCGACGAACGACGCAACGCAUCAUCCGAAAAAUGGCUGCGGUUGCUAAGCAGAGAACGUUUCUGUAAUGUUUUUUCAAUGAAUUUGUUUUGAAACAAACUAUUGUGUAUUGUUUGAAAAGUGAAUGUCCAUGAGAACGUUGUGACUUUAUUGUUUUGGGUGACGAAUUUUAGUGUAGAAAUCGGUUACUUUAUUUGAAAAUCGUCCACUGUUUUUCUUGCCUUCUGUGAUGUUUUGAAAAUUAUUUUGUCUUCUUUCAACAAACAAACGUCAUUUAAAUAGAUUUCCUGGUGGACUUGUACACUGUAAGGUCAAUAGGUUACAAGUAUUUUUAGCAUGAUCCAUGGCCAACUGGAUCAAGUGAGUGAAUAAAAACCUGUUGAACAGAUUUUUUUUUUGUUUUGACUGAAAAGUUACAAAUGGACAUAAUCAUUAUUACAUCAGUGAGAAAAAAAAAGUACAAUUGAAUUUGUAGAAUAUUUAUAACGGUUUUCGUUUGAAAAUGUACAUUUUAAGUGCAAAACAACAACUUUUGAGUUAAAUUAAAAAUAAACAAAUAAACAUUCACCACAAAAAUAUUUGAUCAAUUAAAACUACGUAAUUAUUUUUAUCAUCAAUUAAUUACUAUUAUGUAACAAUCUUAAAAAUGUACGCAAUUCCAAAAAGAUAAAAUACUAUAGUCGAAUUAAUUCAAAAGAAAAAAAAAAUAUAUCGAGUGAGGUUAUGUCAUACGGUAACUGUACUACUUUCUGAAGAAGAGCAAUGUGACAGAGACCGCAGGCGAGAUCAACACACUGGAUCGAGCUAGCUCUGGACCAGGGGGUUGCCUCGACGGCGGUGGGACACUUCCCUCCGUCGUCCCACAGCCCCCGGGACUGCCUCAGCUCCAUGGUGAAGUUACCCCUAAACAAGCCGUAGUUGAGAGAUUACGGAGACGUAUAGAGUCCUACAGAAGAAGGCAAACCGACUGCAUGCCGCGCUUCGAUCAGUCCUUUACAGGACUGUGCGAGCAGAACCUGCAGGACACUCUCCACUUGAAGCAACGCUUUCUGGACGCCAAAGCCAAACGGGUGUCCAAGGCCAAAGACAAAAAACAGGAUUCUAUACAGAGCAGCGUCCAUGUGCAACAAAAGUUCCUUAAAAGAUCCGCUGAUGAAUUGGAAUCCGGCACUCCGAUUGACAAUUUCGAACCGCCGGUCAAAUUACAGUGUACCACACAGCAGCACGGUACUAAUCAAAACGAGGGACUAACGAAAUUUUCAGUUGAAAUUGUUCAGCAGCUCGAAUUCACUACAUCUGCAGCUAAUUCGCAACCCCAACAAAUCAGUACAAAUGUCACAGUUAAAACUCACGCCAACACCAGCGUUAAAAGUGACAUUUCUUCGCCAAAAUCCAACACUCCCGGUACUUCAGGCCACACCCAAAAGGCUAAUAUUGGCUUGGAUGUUGGUACGUUGGUGGAAUGCGUCAAACAAGAACCCGACAAUGAUUUUGCCGACUUAGAUCAAUGCGCAGCUGCCCUGGAAAAAGAUGCAGCUGCUAAUGGUGGUGCUGGAUUUGGUGCUUCAUUUCCCGACCUUAUCGGGGACGAUACCAAUGACGAAAUUAUGUCUUCAGCUGCCUUCAAGGAUCUCAUUUCUGAUAUAAGUAAUUACCCUGACUAUCCAGAGCUGAUGAAAGAUUUUGACUUUGAAGAUAAACCAUCAGAUCUUGGCAGUAACUUAAAAAUCGAAGAAAAAGAUUCCACGCAGCAAACACAAGCAAAUAACAAUGCGAACAAAAACACUCAAAGCCCCUUAUUGGGCAAUCAAAACAACUAUUCACCUCCAGUUUUUGAUAAAAAUCCCGCAGCAGCAGUAAAUGCCAGGCUUCCUUACUCGAACAUGGACUUUGCCAAAACCGAACUCAGUCCGGCCGCACAGACUUUAAAACAAAUGGCCGAGCAACAUCAGCACAAAAGUCAAAUGUCUCUAAACUACAAUCCAGGAAAUCGUGUGCCAAACGCUAGAUCACCAUAUUCGGAUUUCCAGUUUCAAGGAAACGAUUAUGGCAGUCCUAAUUCGAACCAAAACUUCCACAAAAACAAUCCCGGAUUCCCUCAGCCAGACAUGAUUAAACAAGAGAUGAUUUAUCAAUCCAGUGAUUUCAAUGACAUGAAACAACGCAAACAAGCUCCAACUAGCAAUAUGUACUCAAAGCAACAGCAAUACUCUCCAUACGGCAGUCCGGGACAAGGUAACAGUCCAGGAUUUUUACCCUCAGGUCGUGGAAAUAACCAGCCCAACCAAGGGCCUUUUAGCGGUGGCACACCUCCUAGACCACCUUCAGGACCUGGCGCGGGAAAUUCUCAAGGCGCUUCGGUUCAAAUUAACCAGGCUCAACAGCUGAAUAUCAACCAACAAAGUCACGGACCUAUUCAGGUCUCUGCUGGACAACACCUUCAUCUCAGCGCUGAUAUCAAAGGCAACGUCUCAAUAGCAGCAAACCAAGGAAUGCAUUUCUCUCACGGCUCUACGCCUGGAGAUCCUCAUACUCCCCAACAAAACACCGCUAGCUCGCCCAUGUCUUCGGCUCAACACCAAAACGGUAGCAUGCCAAACACCCCGCAAUCUUCCAUGAAUCAAAACUCAGCCCAAAUGGGCGGUCAGCAAAGCGGUAUGGGCGGAAUGCAAAACGCAAGCGGUUCAAUGGGUAAUCAAGCGGGCAUGCAAAGUAAUAACAUGCAAAGCGGCUUGGGUGGUAUGAUGGGUGGACCAAAUAUGAUGGGAGACUCUUACUCCAUGUCUCAAACGCAAACAAUCAAUUUUACCCAACAAAAUUUGAGAAGGACCAACAGUGGACCACAAGGUAUGGCUGGUAAUAUGGGUGGUCCAACUGGAGCCCAAAUGGGCCCAGUGGGCGCUCCGAUGGGUUCAAGACUCAUGCCCAAUCAGCAAGCGAUAGAUCCGCAAAAAUUGCAACAAAUAUUCCGAGCUCAGCAAGCUAUGCAACAGCAACAACUGAGGCCGCCCCCGCCUGAUUAUAAGACCAGUGCUGGACUGAGCCAAGGGAUGCAACCCAGGUACGGAGCUCCGGCGCCACCUAACAUGAGACGGAUGCCACACCAACCUAUACCACCUUCAGGCCCAAUGAUCAGAUCCAAUAUGUACAUGUUGCAACAGCAACAGCAGCAACAAUUACCGGGAAGGGCCAUGUACGCCCGACAGCCAGGACCAAUGGGCAACAUGGAAACGAUGCAACAAAACAAUUCGGAUUGGCGUCAUUUGCUGAUGUCACAACAGCAGAAUGCUAAUUUUGGAGGGAUGAGGCCUGGGUUUCAAGGAAAUAAUGGCGGUUUCAACAUGAACAUGGGCGGCGGCAAUUCCAUGCAACAAAUGACAGCUCUGCAACACCAGCAACAGCAACAGAUGCGCGCGCAGCAAGCUAGUAUGGGCGGCGCUCAAGGCGGAAUGAACCACAUGAUGGCCAAUCAGGGCGGACCAAUGGCUCAGAUGAAUUCGAUGAAUCAAGCCAUGUUGCACAUGCAACAGCAACAGUCAUUGAUGCAACAACAAAAUUCUCAGAUGUCCAUGUCGAGUAUCCACAUUCAACAAUCCCAAUCGAUAUCGGUCAACAAUCAGUCGCUUCAACAGCCAAUGCAACAAAGUAACGGAAUGCUAGGAAAUUCCACGUCGAACGGCAACACCGCGGCAGGAGCGCUGGCAAGUUUCAAUCCGCAAAAUACCGAUUUCAGUUUCGAGUUUUUGGAUAAUUUGGCCGGCACCGCCGAUAAUGCCUCGUUCACAGACCAAGAGCUUUUGAAUUCUUUUGACACUGACGCUGCCGCGUUUAAUUUGGAUUUUUAAUGAACGCGGGUAAGUUAGAGCGUAUCUCUUCAGGAUUCUUGUGCAAUUUUUGUUUGUUUUUGAAACAAUCACGAUCUGCUGUAUCAGCAGGAUAAUUGAUACUUUGAUGUAAUAAUAUGCGCGAUUUUCUACAAAAAAAAAAUACCAUGAUUUAACUAGGAUCGUGCAAAUACUACACAAGUCCCAAUUCAAUGCGAAAGAGGCUUAAAAACUAUUAAAUCUAUUGCCUCCCUUGAUCCUUUUUGUUGAAACAUAUCUUGUACAUAUUUAUAUUUUUUUAUAAUUUUUAUUUCAAAAUCUCAGAUGCCUCAGAGGAGGUAAAAUAUAGCGGUUUUCAAUUUCUCAACCAAAAUGUGCAAUAAUGUUUCGAUUAAUAUAUAAAUAAAAAUCACAUUUGUGCGUACAAACGAAAAAAAGGACAAAAGUAUUACAUAUUUUUUAAGGAAAAAUCAUUUUUCUUUUAAUCCCCUUAAGAAUCUCACAAGUAUUAUUACAAUAGGGGUUUUUAGUCCCCUAGAAUAUUGUAGAAUUUAAAAAUGUAAUAAUAUAUAGGGUGACCCAUAUAAAAUUUCUGGUCAAACUUCCCUAUAAUACAAAAUGCAAAAAGAUUGAAUUUCAUGUCUAAGCUAGAGAUUGCUAAAUAAUCUUCUGGCCACCUGGUAUUUCUAUAAUUGGGACCAAUGCUUUUCCAGAAUAAAAGCAAAAAUGAUUUCUCUCAUUUUUUCAAUAAUUUCAACAAGAAAAUAUCUUAAAAAUGUUUGUUGUCUUUCUGCUCCAUUUAAUUUCAAAUGCCAGUAAAAGGCUUCUGCUUCAAGGCCGAUUUACACGUAUCCAGUAGCUGGCCGCCAGCACUGGAGCGAAUAGAGAGUGUGUCUAUUUUUCUUGCCAGUAGGAUACUGCAGUGUAAACUCACAAUCGACUGGACUCGUGUAGACUACCUGGAUCCAGAGCUUGGAUACAUGUAAAUCAGCCUUAAACUUAAAAUAACAGUUUCGUAACCAAUCGGAUAAUAUUAUUAGAAAUUAUCCUGCUUUGAAGGAAUUCUAUUUUUGUUGUUAUAGACGAUGAGCUCUCUAUCAUGAUAUUUUGUAACUAAAAAAACUUUUUUGUAUUCCACUGUAAUUAGUGAUUUUCUGAACUCAUUUGGAAAAUCACUGAGAAUUUUAAUUUUUUCCUGAUUUAGUCUGGGGAUUCUUUUAUUCAAUAAAUAAUAAGUCACUUCCCAGCCUAAACUUUAAUUUCAAAUUAUCCUUCCUAAAUCAAUUAACAAUAGUUAUUGACUUAAUUGCCUACAGACAAAAAUAUAAGGGGGCAUUUAAGUAGUUCAUAGUUCUAUGUUCUAAUAGAUCAUUUAUCAUAUUCAAAAUGUUAUUUAUAAUAAAUAAUAAUAUGGAAUCGGGGAUCUCAUUAAGAAGGUCCCACACACUAUUAAUUGCUUAAAGUAGUCAAUAUUAGAUAAAUUUUCAAUCGGAGUAGAUGAGGAGUGGAGUAGAGUGUUUUGAAGAAAAAGAAUGUAUAAUAAAUAGGGAAUUAAAAUUAGAAUAUUUUAAAUAGUUUUUUAGAUGAUGUUGGUAUAAGUACGGAAAUAAUAGGGUUGGUUUAAAACAAAAAUGCAUAUUUUGAUUUUGUGUAUAUAAAAUUACUCUCUGGAAUUAGAUUAUUUUCGUAUUUAUAUCCUAAAGAAACACUAGGAGAUCUCGAUAAUAAACAAUAGAUAUUAGGGUUAUUUUACAUUAUUAUGUAACCAAAUUAAUAUUGUAGGAAAUAAAAGUGACAAUUUUCUUCUUAGGAAAAAUUAUAAUAACGCUCUUGUCUUCUUCCAUUCUGUUUUUAUUACUGUUCCAAUACGAAAUCAAAAAUAAGUAGUUAUUAUUGCUGUUUUUUGAACACAUUCCAUUUUCUCAAACUCAAAUUAUUAUUCCAUAUAUUGUGUCCAGUAUUUUUUGUACAUAUUACAACUUUUUUAUUGUGUAUAAUAUUUUCCUAAUUAAUGAUUAUUAUUAGCUGUUUAUGUAUCUUUUGUGACGGACCACUGUUUUUACUUUUUUUUAAAAUUAUAUCCUAAUUUAUAUUAUUGUGUACUUAGGAAAAUCAAAUUGUUAUAUUCUAAUGAUUUUUACAGACAUACAAGAGUUUAUAUUGUGAGUAUAUUUACCAAAAUGUUUUGUGAAAGUCGUUUGGCAAUUUUGUGUGUUACGUUUUUACGAAAUCUUCAAAAGGGUUUCGAAAAUGAAACAUACAUUAUUACAAAUGAUAUUUUCAAACAAUAUACUUAAAAGUUUAUAUCAUGUUUUGUUGUUG